AUGGAAGGAUCAGAACAGAAAUGCUACCUACUUGCAAUACAAUCUUCUGUGUCACAAGAGAACAAGCCCAUAGACACUAGAAAAGAUAACCACCCCUUGAAUGGAUGCUUGGUGGUCACGGCAAAAGACCAAUCCUGGGAUUAUAAUAAUACCAAAGUUACUACUCCAAUAAACACUCAAAGGGAUGAGAAGUCCUACUUCUUGACUGACAUCAGUGAUUGUCCUUCUAGCGGAUGUUGCGGAAGUGUUCUUUCGAAUAACAAUAACAACAAUAAUGAUUCUAGCCACUGCGAUGGCGAUGAUUGUGAAACAAUAAAGAUUGAUACUGCUUGUUGUAGCGCUAAUCCAAGUCGUCGCGGAAGUUCAAGCAGCCGUCAUCAUCUUCGUCGUUGCAGUACCGCCAUAAAGUUUCAUGAUCCUUUGUACUUUCCUGAUAGCCCAAAAUGA